AAGCGGCAUUUUCGUUAUGCUCACCUACCAACCCUUUUAUCUCCUGCUUCGAUCCUUAAAAGAAGGGAAUAAAGGGCAGCUUAAAAUUCACAGGCGUAGAAAAAUCACACACGCAUAAACAAGAGAGAGUGAGGGAGAGCUGAAAGCUCAAAACUUCUCUAAUGGAGUCUGCAGCUCUGUCAAGCCCUCUCUUCACCAUUUCCAAAACUCUAAACCGAUCUCCAAAUAUUCUCCAUCGAAAUCUCUCCAAAACCCCUCUCUCUCAGACCCUCCGCUCCCGAAUCUCUUCUCCAAACCCUAGAAUCCGAUGUAUCUCCCAUGGUGGCUUCCAAAAAUCCAAGGAAUGGCUCUCAAUCUCUUUCGCUGGAUUCUUACUCCAAAACUUGCCGCCGGAGCCGCCGAUCUCUCGCCGGUUAGCGUGCAUUUCGAGCUCCGCUAGAGCGUUUAGCUCUGGCGGAGGUGGAGAUGGGAUCGGCGGUGGGAAUGGAGGUGGUUCCGGUGGCGGCGGAUCGAAUGGUGGAGAAGCAGAGGCGAAAACUCUUGUGGUAGAGUCUGAUGACGUCUCUGCUUUGUCUCCUGACGUAAUAAUCCUGGACGUCACUGGAAUGACUUGUGGAGGAUGUGCAGCCAGUGUGAAGCGCAUACUCGAAAGUCUACCUCAAGUAUCCUCUGCUAGUGUCAACCUUGCGACGGAGACAGCAGUUGUAUGGGCCAUACCGGAAGUCAAGGCCACACAGAACUGGCAACAGCAGUUGGGGGAGAAACUUGCAAAGCACUUGACAAGUUGUGGAUUUAAGUCCAACCUUCGAGAUUCUGGAGAACAGAACUUGUUCAGGGUUUUUGAAAAGAAGAUGGAUGAAAAGCUUACUCGGUUGAAAGAAAGUGGUCGGGAGCUUGCCGUCUCCUGGGCAUUGUGUGCUGUAUGCCUUGUUGGGCAUGCCUCUCAUUUCUUCGGAGCUAGUGGGUCAUGGAUUCAUGCAUUUCAUUCCACAACAUUUCAUCUGUCACUGUCUCUAUUUACGUUGCUUGGUCCUGGUCGCCGACUAAUUGUUGACGGACUGAAAAGCCUUUUGAGGGGUGCUCCAAACAUGAACACUUUAGUUGGUCUUGGAGCUUUAUCAUCUUUUGCAGUCAGUUCCGUUGCCACCAUAAUACCAAAACUGGGCUGGAAGGCAUUCUUUGAGGAACCAAUAAUGUUAAUAGCAUUUGUCUUGUUGGGAAGGAAUCUUGAACAGAGAGCAAAACUGAAAGCUACUAGUGAUAUGACAGGACUUAUGGGUAUUCUUCCAACAAAAGCUCGUCUUAUGAUUGACAAAAAUGCAGAAGAGAUGCCCGUGAUUGUUGAAGUUCCAUGUAACAGCCUCUCUAUUGGAGAUUAUAUUGUUGUGCUACCAGGAGACCGUGUUCCAGCGGAUGGAGUUGUCAGAGCUGGUAGAAGCACUGUCGAUGAAUCAAGUUUCACUGGGGAACCUCUGCCUGUAACCAAACUAGCUGGGUCUGAUGUGACAGCUGGAAGCAUAAACUUAAAUGGAAAACUGACUGUUGAAGUAAGAAGACCAGGUGGUGAGACUAUGAUGGGUGACAUUAUUCGUUUAGUUGAAGAAGCACAGAGUAGGGAAGCUCCUGUACAACGUUUGGCUGACAAGGUUGCUGGGCACUUUACGUAUGGAGUCAUGGCACUCUCUGCAGUUACUUUUUUGUUUUGGAGUGCUUUUGGUUCGAAACUUCUACCAGCUGCCUUUCAACAAGGAAGCACAAUUUCCUUAGCGCUGCAGCUGUCCUGCAGUGUUCUGGUUGUUGCUUGUCCAUGUGCACUUGGCUUGGCUACACCUACUGCUGUUUUGGUUGGGACCUCGUUAGGGGCAACGAGAGGACUGCUUUUACGUGGUGGGGAUAUCUUAGAGAAGUUUGCUUCAGCUGACACAAUUGUGUUUGAUAAAACAGGGACUUUGACAAUAGGAAAACCUGUGGUGACGAAAGUAGUAACUUUUGGAUGUGAAGAAGACCAGAAUUUGAGACAAAAUUCAAACUAUAAGUGGUCAGAAGUUGAGGUUCUGAGAUUAGCUGCUGGAGUUGAGUCAAAUACAAUUCAUCCAGUCGGAAAAGCUAUUGUGGAAGCUGCUCGAGCUGCUGGUUGCCAGAAUGCAAAGGCAACAGAUGGAACAUUCUGGGAGGAACCUGGGUCUGGUGCAAUGGCAAUGGUUGAUCAGAAGGUGGUCUCUGUUGGGAGUUUAGGUUGGCUUCAAAGGCAUGGAGUUAAUGAGAAUCCCCUUUUAGAUGUGGAGUUUAGAAAUCACUCUGUUGUCUACGUAGGAGUAGACGGUGUUCUAAAAGGUCUUAUCUAUUUUGAGGACAAGAUCAGAGAAGAUGCUAGCUAUGUGGUUCAAUCCCUAUCUAAACAAGGAAUUGACACAUACAUGCUGUCUGGAGAUAAGAAGCAUACCGCUGAAUAUGUGGCAUCUGUGAUUGGUAUUCCAAAAGAAAAGGUGCUUUCUGGAGUUAAGCCAGAUGAGAAGAAGAAAUUUGUUUCUGAACUUCAGAAAGAUAAAAAAGUUGUAGCCAUGGUUGGCGAUGGAAUUAACGAUGCUGCUGCAUUGGCUUCAUCAGACAUUGGAAUUGCCAUGGGGGAGGGUGUUGGUGCAGCCAGUGAGGUAUCCUCCAUUGUGCUUAUGGGCAACAGACUCUCACAGUUGCUUGAUGCCUUGGAACUUAGCAAGUUGACAAUGAAGACUGUCAAGCAAAAUCUUUGGUGGGCAUUUGCAUAUAAUAUAGUUGGGAUCCCAAUUGCUGCAGGACUGUUGCUCCCAGUGACUGGGACUAUGCUGACUCCAUCUAUUGCCGGGGCCCUCAUGGGUUUGAGUUCAGUGGGUGUGAUGACGAAUUCACUGCUUCUGAGGCUCAGGUUCGCCUCAAAACAGAAACUUAAUGGGAAUUUCUCACAGGAUACCAACACCAGCUCCAAUCCCGAUUUGCCCAUGGACAAGAAUAGCAAAUGGGAAACGAAACCUUACCCUGCUAAAUGGAGAAAUGCCUGAUUGGCAGCGCCAUAGAUCUAACUUACUACAUCCUUCUAAAGUAGUAAAAACCACCAUUCAAUAGUUAAAGCAGAUACCCCAUCUGAUAGUAAUGGGUUGGGUUGAAGGUUGACGGAGAACGUCACAUCAAAGAUUGCAGUCUGCUGGUGGAAUGAUGAUACAGUCAAAUGUGCGUUUAAUUAAACUAACAGAGGAAGCCAGCAAUGAAGUAAAACAUUUUCAUGUAAACUCAUUAUUUUGUCAAAAAUAAAUUGUGUUAAAAACAGCUAAAAAGUAUCAUGUUCUGAAGAGCUGAGCCUUGUCUCUUUUCUCAGAUAAAUUUUCCUUCUAAAGGGUGGCUUUCAGAGUAACUUGUACGGAUGUUUGUAUAUGCAGGUUAUGAAUUUUGAAAGUUGAACAACAUCUCCCUCAGACUGUGUCUUCAUUUAUCUGAGAAGCAUAACCAGGAACACCUUUUCCUUUA